UUGCUCUGUGGUACCUUCAUUUUCUCGUACCUUCAUUCAAACAAUGGCUUCAAUGGCAUCUUCAAGCACCUUCUGCAACCUCAAGUUUCACACCAAACCCAACAAUAUUUCCUCUCUUCCUCGUAUUCUACUCUCUCAGAAACAGGAUGACAUGCCCACCGACCAAAUCAACCGAAGAGAGCUCAUAUUAAAAACCAGCGAAUUAGCAACCAUUGGUGCCAUAUUCAAUUUCAGUGGGAAAAAGCCUAAUUAUCUUGGAGUGCAGAAAAACCCAGCAGCGUUGGCUUUGUGUCCAGCAACUAAGAACUGUGUAUCUACCUCUGAGAAUAUCAAUGAUUCCAUCCAUUAUGCUCCUCCUUGGAACUAUAACCCUGAAGGUAGGAAAAAUCGUGUGAGCAGAGAAGAGGCAAUGGAGGAACUGAUAGAAGUGAUAGAAUCAACCACACCAGACAAAUUUACACCACGAAUAGUUGAAAGGAAAGAAGACUAUGUUCGAGUGGAGUACCAAAGCUCAAUCUUGGGGUUUGUGGAUGAUGUUGAGUUCUGGUUCCCACCUGGUAAGGGUUCAACUGUGGAGUAUCGAUCUGCAUCCCGGUUGGGAAACUUUGAUUUUGACGUGAAUAGAAAAAGAAUCAAGGCACUGCGACAAGAAUUGGAGAAAAAAGGAUGGGCAUCACAAGACACGAUAUGAUUUUACCUGUGCAGAAAUUACAUCAGCAUUUAAGCAACUAUAACCGAUUGACUUCUCGCAGCUAUUGUUGCAUAUGUUUUGUAACCUUAAAUAAUUUUAUAUUGGACUACAAAACUCAAUUAAUCAUU